AUGGCCAGUCUGCAGAUAGCCAAGCUUCAGGGCUGCCCGCCAACAGCUGCACAUAGGCACUAUCAUCUUGCACUCCGCCGCGUGGCCAAGAAUGUCACCCUGGACCACAAACGACGCCAGCCAGCAACCCUUGCGGCUAUACUGCUUCUGGCAUAUUUUGAGGUCUGGAGCUCCGAGCACACCAAGUGGACCAGUCAUCUGUACGGAGCACGCAUGAUCUUCACAGAGAUACCUCUUCUAGCCAUGGCAAGACGGUGCCUGCCAUUGAAACGCCAGCAACACCUUCAACAGCGGCGGAUGAUGAACUGGCUCAACACUGAUCUGGAAGCUGACUUUGACUUGGACUACGACUUGCUGACCACGAUCACGGGCGCUAGAAUCACAGCAAGCCACUAUAAUCUCGACCCCGAACUGGUCGUGCCCGAUAAAGGAGCGCCGCCAACGGCAAGAGACAUAGAGUCUUUCGAGACCCUGGCAGACUUAUACUGGUGGUACUGCAAGAUGGACGUCUACCAGUGCAUGCUGAGCGGAACGAAGCUCUUCAUGCCCUACCGCCUCUGGACCCAGUGUCCCCCUCGAGCUCCAGCCUCCUCUAUGGCUAGCAUAUACGGCACAUAUGAUCACCUUCUUCUACUGCUUGGACGGCUGGCAGAAUUUGCCUCCCGCGACAUGGCACGGAAAAGGGCAGCUAGUCGUGCCAGGAAUUCUCCUCCCACAGGCAGCCCUUCGCCUCCCUUUUCAGGGAUGUUACCCACGCAAGGCCCCUUCAGGGCUCCGCGAGGUUUCGAUAGCCCUCAAUCCGAUCCCCGCAAGGAUGCGCACGAUGUGGAUGAUGCGGACGCGAGCUACACCACGGCAUUGCAAGAGUGGCAGGAUAUAUGCCAUGCUUUCGGUGCUUUCGAAAAGUACUUGGGAAAGGACUUUGGCCCAUUGUCAGCGGAGUUUGCUGACAAUAGGCCAACACCGUUUGGACCGUCGAGACAGUACCGUACGUUCUCAGUUGCUGGCAUCUGGAUGAACUACAAUAUGGGCAUGAUCCACCUAUACCGCAGCCACCCAGACAUGCCGCCUACUGCGCUUCAAUCUGUCGGCUUGGCAGCGAAGCAGACAGGCUACCAUGCGCAGGAGAUUGGACGCAUCGCAGCAGGCCUGUCAGGAGAGAGCUCGGCCAUGGACAAACUCCACAACGCUUUAGCAGCUGCCUACAUUGAGAGUGCAUUCUGUCUCUUCUUCGCGGCUGUACAGUCGGCACGCCACAUUGCACAUGGCUGCGAGUCUGGCUGGAUUAAGGCGGCGGAGCUGGGACGCGGGCCCCCGUACACGAGAUUGGCGACAGAAGACAAGCCGGCAGAGUCCGUGUGGACAUCUGCGAGACGCAUUGACCGCAGAAUCCAAGAGUUGCGCGAUAGCUCCUCGGCGGAGGGAACAGGCGACGGGAAGAUUAUCCUGCCCAUGACAGAGAGGGCGCACUAUGCUGUGGGGUUACUUGGAAUAGAGUCUGACUUUAACCAUCUUGAGCUGACGGAUGACGUGUUUCACGGCAGCCGGUAG